AUGGCAAAGGGUAAUUCAAUCAACACCUACCAUAUGAAUGAUCCUUUAUAUCCAUCAAUUCGUGCUCGUGAUGCACCCAAUAUAGUUGAUGGAUUCGAUAGCUCAACCUCUGAUGUGAGACAGAAGAUCCGUUGCGAAAAGAUAGUGAUAUGCGAGCAAAAAACUGAAGGAGAUGUAGUAGCAGAAGCAGGUGCCUUCGGAACCAUCAUGCUAGUUUCCGAUCUCGAUGACUUCAGUUCCCUUUACCCAUUGCCAGUAUCCCUUGUGAAUCUGGAAACAAAUGGGAGUACUGGAAUUUCGAAGAACCCAACUGCAACCAUAUUAAGGAGAAAAGAGCUCUCCAACACACAAGCCCCCUACAAUUCAUCGUUCUCGUCAUGGGGGCCUAACAAAAUCAAUCCACAAAUCUUAAAACCUGACCUUGCUGCACCGGGAGUUGAUAUUUUGGCCGCAUGGCCACCAACAAUUCCUCCUUCGAAAGUACCAGGUGACAAAAGAAUUGUUGCAUUCAACUUCCUAUCUGGAACUUCCAUGGCAUGUCCUCAUGCCACGGGAGCCGCUGCAUAUGUCAAAACCUUUCAUCCACCAUGGUCUCCUGCAGCUAUAAAAUCUGCUUUGAUGACAACAGGUAAAAGAAUCCAAUCCAAAUAUCCAAUGGGUGUUAAUGACAGCAAUAAUCAAAAUGGAUUAGCAUUUGGAGCCGGCAACAUCAAUCCAUUGAAGGCCAUUGACCCUGGCUUGGUUUACGAUGCAACCGUAUCAGAUUACAUAAGUUUUCUCUGUGGAAUUGGCUACGAUGCAUCGAAGUUGAAACACAUAACUGGUGACAACAUCACUUGUGCCCAAAACCAAUCAAGUACUGAUCUCAAUUUGCCUAGUUUUUCUGAUCCUGUGCCACGAUCUACACCCAUCAGUGUUGAUUUUUAUAGAACAGUAAAGAACGUUGGUUCGCCCCAGUCAAAAUACAUAGCAAAAGUGGUGGCCUCCCCGGGUCUCAAUAUUCAAGUUGAACCUGAAACUUUAAUAUUCACAGCAGCUAGGGAGACAGUCUUUUAA